CGCGUCUUUAACCUCGCGGUGUCCAAGUCAACUUUUGGAAUUUGGUUCUCAGGGAUGGCUGCAUCGGUUCUGGAGGUACGAAACGUCAAACUAACAAGAAACUGCAUGGUAACUUUUUAACAGCGGGUUCAGGAGGAAUCACGUUAUGGCUCGAGUCCUUUGGCAAUGCUGACCGCCACUUGCAACAAAUUUGGCAGCAACAGUCCCGUUCGUGACACAGCCACACCUGGAAAAGCCGGAAGUGCAGCAUCACUAAAGAAACCUUACAGCAUGACUUCUGAUCUGCAGACCCCUAAAAAUGGCCGGGGCAGUGAAGGCCUAGUAGACUCUUAUAGCAGCUCAUUUAGUGCAGGUGGAGGCCUGCUUACCCCUACUGGCAGCCCCCCUCCACCCACAGGAGCAUACACUUCUGACUACAAUCCUUUCUCCUCUUUCCAAACCUCCUCAGCUUCUCAGGAUCCUUCACUGUUAGUGACCAAAGCACAUGCCACAGCUGACUGCCUGACCAGUGUCUACACCUCACUUGACAUGACGCAUCCUUAUGGCUCUUGGUACAAGGCAGGAAUUCAUCCUGGCAUCACAGCUGCACCUGCUAAUGCUACAUCCUCCUGGUGGGAUGUCCACCCCAGCUCCAACUGGCUGAGUCCUGGCCAAACCCAGUCAGAUGGCCUUCAAGCUCCUCUUCAGCCUGUGGCUCCUCAGGCUUCCCUUAGUCCCCCUAUGUCCAGCUAUAGCUCUGACUUCACUUCCCUUAAUCCAGCACCAUAUCCUUCUGUGGGUCUCAGCUCCUCCUCACACCUCCUACAGUCCUCUCAACACAUGCUUCCCCAGGACAUGUACAAGCCCAAGCCAGUAGCCAGUGGCAGCCUCAUUGAGAGCCCCAUGGGCCUAAAGCCAACUCGGGGUUCUGGAGCAUAUACUGGUAGUUCAGCUACCAGCAGGUCCUCCUGUGACUGCCCCAACUGCCAAGAGCUGGAACGUUUAGGUGCAUCCGCUGCCUCACUGCGUAAAAAACCUGUACAUAGCUGCCACAUUCCAGGUUGCGGAAAAGUUUAUGGUAAGGCUUCGCACCUCAAGGCCCACCUGCGUUGGCACACAGGUGAACGACCCUUUGUGUGUAACUGGCUCUUCUGUGGAAAGCGCUUCACACGAUCCGAUGAGCUAGAGCGCCAUGUGCGCACACACACUCGUGAGAAAAAGUUCACAUGUAUGCUGUGCAACAAGCGGUUUACACGCAGCGACCACCUCAGUAAGCACCAGAAGACCCACUCUGAGUCUAGCCUGCAGGGCAAAACUGGAAGUGGAGAGAAUGAGUCAGAACCCAGGGGCCGAGAUGAAUCUGUUGACCCAAGUGAUGGGGCUGCAGUUGGUCCAGGAAAUGGCAUUCAGGAGCACACAACUAAUGGAGACGAGAAGAACACCACAGGAAACCCAGUAGAGAACAGUAGCGGACUCCUAGAGAUCUAACCAUUAUAUCCAGGGAAAAGAUCUUCAGAUUAAGCUGCUGUUCUAAUUGGUGCUAAUCAAUAUAUAGAAUUAAUAAGGCUUUUAAUGACAAUAUUCUUCAAAUACAUUUUAUUGCCCCUAAAGGGUAAGAGUGCACCACUAUCACAGUUAUUCUCCUGUGGAACAUGAAGGAACAGUAUGUGAAAUCGAGAAAAUGUGGGACAUUAACAUGAACAUUUGAUUGAUAUGCAAACCUAGUCAGGCCUAUGUCAUGCCAAAGCUUUUUUAUGAUUCUGGAUUUUUCUUUUUGGUUCGCUGUUGUUGUUAUUGUUCUUUCAAGAUCUUUGUUUAUGUUAAUCUUUGUUCUUUCUGAUCACUAUCUUAAAUGUUGUUGUAGGAGUUAUUAUAAAACAUUAUGAGAUGCGUUUUUUUAACUAUUGUUUUGUCAGUGACCAGUGGUGUGUUCAGGUUUCCGGACUUUACCAUUAGUUCCUUCAUGCAGUGUUUAUGAGGAAAAGUUAUUAUUUUUUUUGUUUGUUUAUUUAAUCACAAUCAUUUCUAAAGUUAAUAAUAAUUGUUUGAGAACCCCCUAGCAGAUCAGUCUCAUGAUUCUGUGUAGGCUGCAAAAAGGGACCACAGUGUACAGUUUGACUAUUUUCUUCAAGUUCCAUUUGAAUGCUGUUUUUGUCUUAUUUAAUUUCCUAUUUACAAGUUUAUUUAUGCCUUAAAUUAUGAACAAUAACAAUCAUACAUUUUGCUGGCAUUAAAAACAAAAAAUGCAAAACACUAAAUGAAAGCAAAGCCAGUCAUGAAUAAAUAAAGAUUUUGCAUUUUAUGUGAUUAUUUAUUUAUUUUUUCACUGUUGAUCUUCAGGUACUGAUGGCUGUUGUAUGACUUCUGUUUGUGGAAUAUUAAAAGCUAAAAUGUAAGGAUUAGAGUGGAUUUAUCUGAAGUGUCAUUUUUAAUUGUAAUUUUAAUAAUUUUUGCCAGGAUGUAAAUAUGAAACUCAAGUUAUUGAUUCCCAGCUAACUGUAUGUCUUUAUAAUUAAAUUAAGUGAAAGUC